UUUUUUUUUUUUUUUUUUUUGGCUUGAAAUGUUUUGCUCUGGUAGCCCCUUGCUUGUAGAAGUGAUGUGGUUUUAAUUAUUGUUUGUGCACACAGACAGCACAAGAAAAGGAAAGAAGAGAGUUGUAGAAAAGCUUGAAGAGAGAUGUUUGGGCUGCCAGCCAGGCAUUCUUGUCUUAGUGUGACUUCCAUGGAAACACAAAAACUUGAGUUGGAAAGAGAAAGGAAAAUGAAAGAGAGGUAGAGAGGAGGUGGAGGCUGAACAAGUGAGCUGUUAUAUAGGGAUGUGUGACUCAGAGAGGAAGCUUCAGGGACUGACUGCUCCUUUCCACUGGAAGGCCGCACUGAAGCCAGGAUACUCCCUUAGCCACUGGGCCUGCCCCAUGCCCAAAAACAGAGAUGCUGUCUUGCCCCUUGUUUAACCACAUGCACAUACACAGACACACACACACAUGAAUGGACUAACUUCCAUUUCUAUGGUGAGGAGAUACAUACACACACACAGACACACACACAGAAAACGUCUUUUUCCCCUGCAUCAGAACUUGAUUGGACCUGUGAUGCCAUUAACUCCACCCCGAAGAAACAAAUAUAAGACCAGAAUCAACUUGGUUCUGACUGUCAGACCUUUAGACUUUCAAGAUGACUUGUGGGAAUUAUUCUAUCAUUCACUGGGAAUAUAAUGCAAAAGAUUUGUGGACUUUUCCCUCCUUGGAUUCAGUGGAAGAGCUUGCUGACAGAUUAUUUUUCUGCCAUGGAUAACACCAGAAUCCUGCUAUGAGCCAGUGACUCACCCCCUCUGUACCUCUUGCUGAGCCAUUAUUACCAUGGAAACCCCGAGCCAGAAACGCACCAGCCGUGGUGCCACCACCUCCCCGGCCCGCAUCACCAGGCUGCAAGAGAAGGAGGACCUGUGCAACCUCAAUGACCGCCUGGCUAUCUACAUCGACAAGGUGCGCUCGCUGGAGUCGGAGAACGCCGUACUGCGAAUGCGAGUUACUGAGUCAGAGUCCUCGGUUACCCGCGAUGUGUCGGGCAUGAAGGCGGCCUAUGAGGCAGAGCUGGCCGACGCCCGCAAGACCCUGGACCAGGUGGCCAAGGAGCGAGCACGCCUGCAGCUGGAGCUGGGCAAGAUCAGGGAGGAGCACAAGGAGCUCAAAGUCAGGAACAGUAAAAAGGAGUCUGACCUGGAGGCGGCUCUGAUCAGGCUGAGGGACCUGGAGGCCCUGCUCAACUCUAAAGAUGCUUCCCUCAACACUGCCAUGGGGGAGAAGCGAGCCCUGGAGGCUGAGGUGAAGGACCUCAAGGCCCAGCUGGCCAAGUUGGAUGGUAACUUAGCCGAUGCCAAGAGGCAGCUGCAGGAUGAGAUGCUGAGGAGAGUGGACGCCGAGAACCGCCUGCAGACCGUGAAGGAGGAACUGGAGUUCCAGAAGAACAUCUACAACGAGGAGCUGCGUGAGUCCAAGCGUCGGUACGAGUCUCACAUGGUGGAGAUCGACAGCGGGCGUCAGCAGGAGUUUGAGAGCAAGCUGACCGAGGCCCUGACCGAGAUGAGAGCCCAACACGAGGAACAGGUCCGCCUCUACAAGGAGGAGAUCGAGAAGACCUACAACUCUAAGUUGGAGAACGCCCGUCAUUCAGCUGACAGAAACAGCCACAUGGUGGGAGCCGCCCAUGAAGAGCUGCAGCAGACCCGUGUUCGAAUGGAGGGCAUGUCAAGCCAGCUUGGCCUGCUGCAGAAACAGCUGUCAGCAAGCGAGGCCAAGGUGCGGGAGCUGGAGGAGUCUUUGUCGAGGGAGCGGGACAUGAUGCGGCGGCGGCUCGAGGAUAAAGAGCGGGAGAUGGCUGACAUCCGAGCUCGGAUGCUGCAGCAGCUGGACGAGUACCAGGAGCUGCUGGACAUCAAACUGGCCCUGGACAUGGAGAUUAAUGCUUACAGGAAGCUGCUGGAGGGAGAGGAGGAGAGGCUGCGUCUGUCACCCAGUCCUCCACCCACCAAGGUCACAGUGACACGGACCUCCGGCUCAGGCCACAGCCACACCAGCCGCCUGCUCCAAUCCGCCGCCACCGCCUCCAGCAGCCGCAACUCCUCCGGCGUGGGCAGCACCAAAAAGCGCCGCCUCAAUGACAACGACAGCGAGACCUCUAGCGUGGUAGGGGCGACUGUGACCAAGACUCGCAUCAGUCAGCACGCCUCAGCUAGCGGCCGCAUCACAGUGGACGAGGUUGACCUGGAGGGCAAGUUCAUCCGUCUCAGCAACAAGGCCGACGAGGACCAACCUCUGGGCAACUGGCAGGUGAAGAGACAAGUAGGUAGUGCCAGCCCCAUCGUCUACAAGUUUCCCCACAAGUUCACUUUGAAGGCUGGAGGAACUGUCACUAUCUGGGCUGCAUCUGGCGGUGGAACCCACAACCCCCCCACUGACCUGGUGUGGAAGAGCCAGAACUCUUGGGGCACCGGCGAGCUCCUGCAGACCAGCCUCAUCAGCGCCAACGGAGAGGAAAUGGCCAUGAGGAAAGUGACACGCACCCUGUUCCAUGAUGAUGAAGAUGAUGACAUGGGAGCUCACAGCACGAGCGGUGCAGAGAACGAGUACAACCUGCGGAGCCGCAAGGUGAUCUGUGACUCCUGCGGGCAGCCGUCGGAGCGUGGCUCAGGUGUUUGCAGCAGCGGGAGUCUACCUGAAGGCCUCAUUGGACAUUCUUUUUUCAUGGGCACCAACGAGCCCAGACAGGGCCGUGCUAAGCCAGAGAACUGCUCCAUCAUGUAAAAGCCAGACAGCACCUCACCUGAACCUACCACCUCCUGUAGCCCACAAAGGAGAAUCAUUUUCUACCAAUGGGAUGUUUGUCUUUAUUUUUUUAUAUGAUAUCGUCUUAUUUUUUGUUCAGAUUAAUCUGCGGUUUAAAUUUGCUUCGAGGUUUUGGCAAAGGGCACAGGAUUUUCAUAUUGCUCUUUUGAGUUUUUUUGUAUAUUCAAGUUAUAUUAUUGCAUGUGUGCCGUGCUAAUGCUUGUACUGUAUCCUGCUCUUCUUGCACACAAUCACUCACACACUCGCACACAGAGCUCCAUUGACCAGUGCUUCGAUCCGAGCCGGGGUUUCACAUUUAAUGGCCAGGCUGUCAUCACUCAACACGCACAGCUAGUGAACCCUGUCAGGAAUAAGUCUCUACAGCCAUACAGACGACAGGAGAAAGAAUCAUGUGGGAUUUGUUAAUCAUGUUUAUCGCCCAUCAAACAGAUCACAUCUUUAUUUAAGAUGUUGGUGAUUUUCCUUGUUUGUUUUUUUUAGAGCAGUAUUGUGCUAUCUUUAUAUGCUACAAAGAAAAUAAAUUAGAUAGUUUUCUCACGUCUACAUUGGAAAAGUCAAGGGACGCCAAAGUACUGUGAGCUCAGGGUGUUCAGCAGGUUUUUUCACCUUAGCCUUAGACAAACAUGUCGUAGUACAUUUUCUAUGUGGAUUUAAAUGGUUGGGCGGCUGUGGUACACACAGAGAAAAUAAUUUUUUCUGCAAUUCACAGCUCGACCCGAGGGAAAUGUACUGUAUUUGGUUAUGUUUUUGAAUGUGUAUAGAAAUAAGGAAUUAUUCUUUGCUGGAUAAGUUGAAUGUACCCGGUUAAACGAGUCACAUGUCUGUUGCCUUAUUUUUUUGCCUUAAGUAAUUCCAAAGAUGUUUUGUCGUGAUAAGAAAAUGUAGAACUUGUUUUCUAGCUGGGGAAAUAUUAACAAUAUGAACUAUAUUUUGAGUCUUUACUGACGAAUUUGGUGACAUACGUACAGUAUAUAUUUAUAGGAUUUGUCAGCUUAUUCAACCAAAUCAACAGUAUUCUGAUAGAGAACUGUUGCUAUUUACAGAGUGCAACAGUAGUUUUUGGAAACAUUUUAACAAGCUUUUUUACAGAUUAGAAAUACAAAUGUGCCUUUAGAGGACAGAAAAAAAACAUCAAUCACUGUGCUUUGCGCACAUGCCUCGUAUCACAGUCUUGUGACUGUCAGCUGUCCUCUGCUCCUAAGAACUGGUCAUAAGGGCUUUUUUUUUUUUUUUUUUACAUUUCCUCUUAAGCUUACUGGCUUUGCAAAUCUCCAGGCAUGAUUUUGGGAUCUGAGUAGGAUUGUGGGGUUUGUAUACUUUGACUUUGGCUUCAUGCACUGCUUUUAUUGAGGGCCUUGCCAAAUACGCACAGCAGGUAGAUUUGUACUGUAGUCUGGCAGCUUAAGUCAUUUAUACUCCAGUGAAAAGCAUAUCAAGACAUUUAUGGAAAAUACUUGAUAGCUGUUAUUUUUUUUGUUCCUAUUGUACUUAAUAGCUGGUAUUUGUGCCACAUUAUAUUAUUUUUUUGCCUUAAGUAGAUGUCUGAUUUUGACACUAUGAUCGCUAAAGUGCCUUUAAAAAGUCCAUGACAGUUGUUAAAGAAAUGGCCAGCUCCAAAGAUGUUUAGUAUUUGGCCUCUAUGACACAGACUUAUAAUUAACAAGGACAUAGCAUUUAUCUCAUAGGCAUGUGCAAAUUUAUGAGACAUGAUUACUGUUUGUAAUUGUGUAAUAUAUGCAACUAUUGCAACUGAAUCAUCCCUCUCAGAACAGAUCAUUUAAAGGGUGUGGUCAGGAUUUUUCAGAGGCCUGUCUGACUGAUUCUAAACCAGAACGAAGCUUCUUGAUGUACAGCGCUUCUUGUUUUAGUGUUUUCUUAAGAAACAGACAGCUGCUCUUUAACAUUUGUAUGCAAUGUUAGUUGAAGUUGAUGAAGAACCAAGACACUUACAAAAUCAGAUUCAAACCACAGAUGUAACAAACCUCUUGAAAGGCCUUUGUGAAAUCCUGAACCCUCUCUGUUAAAGUCUUGAUGGAGGCCUCAUGAAUCAUUUGAAGGACUUGAGGAUUUAAAAUGUUACCGAAAGGGAUUUCUUGUUUUGAGCCUCUAAUGCCAAAGUUGUAAUUUGCUUGAAGGUGUCAUUUCUAUCAUAAUGAUGCUGUUAACAUUAUGGAAAAGCCAUGUAUUCAGUCAAUGUAAUGAAUUUUUUUCUUUUCUAAAAUAAUGUUGAGUAAAAAUCUUCUUUUCUUUUCCAA